GGUGCUGCUCCGGGUGCGAUCAAAGCCGCCAAGAAAGCAAAGGAUGCCUACGACACCUACCAAGGCCUCAAAGGAAAGUACAACCAAGGCAUGGACAAGUUGCAGGAUCUUGGAUCCUCCAUGCCGCCCAGCGUCCGUGUGGCCGCGAAGAAGAAGAACACCCUGGAGCUAGAUUGGGACGGCGUGCCCAGCGGCCCUGUCUGGAACUUCAAGAAGGCUUCUUCGAAGGCAUGGGCGUUGCGCGCCGUCAAGGCAAACCUAAGAGCCGCCCGCGCAGCCCGAGAGGCUGAGGAUGACCUUGCCGAAGCAGCCCACCAUGAGGAGGUGGCCCGAGCGGCCUCCGAACAAGCGAAGCGAGUCAUCAUGCAGGCGCAGCAGGACGCUCUGACCAAUGCUGUCCGAUCACCGUCCGUGAAGCCGUUCAUCCACUUCUGCAACCAUCUCGCGAAGGUCCUCACUGACGACCCCUCCCAUGCACGCGAGCCUGCGACCAUGGAACUGCGGCGGUUCUGCCAAGGCUUCCAGGAAGAUCUCCAAAGCAUCAUUGAGGCUCCUGAAGUCCACGGAAGCCGUGUGGAGCAGCGUCUUUUCGACUCCCCUCCUCAGGAGUUUGUGCGCGAACCGCACUGGGCUCCUCACUCACCAUCGUUUCAGCCGCCUAAGCUGGACAUUGACCACAGGCUUGCCGUUGAAGCUUGUUUGCCGGCUGUGUGUCUGGCACCUACAAGGCUACGAACUUGCCGGAUGGCGCGGGCCGCUGAUUUUCUUUGA